AUGUCUUCUAACGGAACAUCGACCUCGGUGCAACCCCUUACACAAGAUGAUUUAAUCAAUUUGCCGGCAAGAUUUCAACGUCAAGUUAUAUCUGUUUCUCCUUAUAAUCAAAAUCAAGUAGUUGUUGAUACGGAAAAGAGACCAAUCUUUCAAUUUGAUUAUGUUUUUGCCCCUGAAGCUACCCAACAAGAUGUUUAUGACAAAGCUGUUGGAAAUAUGAUUUCUAAAUUUUUGGAGGGUUACAAUGUUACUAUUUUGGCAUAUGGACAGACUUCUUCUGGGAAGACUCAUACAAUGGGAACUGCUGAUGAUAACACUAUACCUCCCGAAUCAAAAGGAAUAAUUCCACGUACAAUGGCUACGCUUUUUUCUUUGAUGAAUUCUGGUCAAUAUAAAUCUCAUAAAUUCUCAAUAAAAGUCUCGUUCAUUGAGAUUCAUAAUGAAGAUUUAAUUGAUCUUCUUGGUGAGGGUAACGAGGAAGAAAGACCUCCUGUUAUGAUACGUGAGGAUUCUAGGGGUAAUAUAUAUUGGACCGGAUUACAGGAAUUAAAAGUUAAUAAUGUAGAUGAAGUUAUGGAACAUUUAUCUCGUGGUUCAUUGAACCGACAGGUCGGUGUUACUGAUAUGAACUCUAAAUCUUCUCGCUCCCAUGCAAUAUUCUCUGUUACGAUGGUGCAACAAAAAUUCAUUCCUCAUAAUUGUAUUUCGGCCGGUCAACCUGCUACGUCUCCUCCUAAUUCAAGACCUGGAACUCCUGCUUCCUCUAGAUUUGGUAGUCAACCUUCUUCAAGAACAAAUUCAAGUCUAGAUAAAUUUGAUGAUGGUGAAUGGAUUACUAUAUCUAGUAAAUUUCAUUUCGUCGAUUUGGCUGGAAGUGAACAAGGAAUUUCCAUAAACUCUGGUCUACUUGCUUUAGGAAAUGUCAUUUCGGCUCUUGGUGAUCCUAGUAAAGCAAAACAUACUACUCAUGUACCUUAUAGAGAUUCUAAACUUACUCGUUUAUUACAAGAUUCUCUUGGUGGAAAUGCUCAAACUUUAAUGAUUGCUUGUGUAUCUCCAAUUGAAUACAAUAUUAAUGAAACUGUUAGCACUCUUAAAUAUGCUAAUCGUGCUCGUAAUAUCAAAAAUCUGGCUUCCGUAAAUCAAGAAGAAGCUGGUUGGAAUGAUGUUACUCAUUUACAAAAUUUAGUCUUAAAACUUCGUGGUGAAAUUUCCGCUUUAAAAGCUGCUGCUGCUCAAAAUUCUCAAAGAUCUCAAGAUGGUGGUGGUUCCGUUAGUCCUGAAAAAGUUUCUCAAUCUCCUUUCGUUACUGGUCAUAAACAUUCUUCUUCCAAUUUUUCCGAUAAAAAUUCUUCGCCUGCUAAAAUUCCUGGAAUAUAUUAUGAUGCGUUGGAAGAUCAAUUAUUACAAUUACAACGUUCUUAUGCUGAAUUAUCUCAAAAAUAUGCAAAAACUUCCGCUGAAUUGGCUUUACAUCAAGAUAAUUAUGAUGAAAUUGAAGUAUUAAAGAAUGAUUAUCCCGGAAUAAAAUUAAGGGUGGUUUCUGAACAAGAGAUAGAACAAUUUGAAAAAACAAUUUCUUCCCUCGAAAGUAAACUUGCUAUCACUAGUGCUGCUUUAUCUCAUUCUGAUUCUAUGUUAAAAGAACAAGAAAAUCGAUUAGAAAGUGCUGAUUCUACAAGUCAACAAAACAAAGAUUUGGUUUCUAAUCUUCAAAAAUAUAUUAAAGAACUUGAAUCAAAACUUCAAAAACGUGAAAUUGAUGCUCGUAUUGCCGCUUCUCGUGAUAAUCUCCCGGAAAAAUUCAUUAGUGAAACUAUACAACUUUUGGAAUCUAGACUUAAAGAAAAAGAAGAUGCUUAUUCUGAACUCGAAGAAAAAUUUAAUCUUCUUCAAGUCGCUGUGCCUAAUCAUAAUGAUUCUUCUCCUGAAAAUGAUAAAAUUUCUCGUCUGGAAGCUAAAUUGGAAUUUCUUAGCAAUGAA